AAAAAAAAAACAAAGAAUGAAUGAAACUGAGUUGGAAGGGAAUGUUGAUGAUGGCAAUGCAAUCAGGCCAGUUGGAACCAAUAGAAUUCAUUUUACAAAGGACGUGAAAAAUGCAAUCGAUGAGGUAUUAAAAACUGAGGAUCCCAUGGACUCGCCGGAUUUCAACACAGUCGAUUACAUAAAUCAGCUCUUUCCGAACGAACAAUCUUUGGUGAGCAUUGAUGAGACCAUACAGCGUAUGCAGUGCGAAGUGUCACUUAUUGAUGAUAAUAUACGCGCCGUCGUACGUGGCCAAACGAAUACCGGCCAGGAUGGACAAAUGGCAUUGACCGAGGCGCAAAAAGUAAUAUCUACAUUAUAUGCCCAUAUUACAGAUGUAAAAACGCGGGCUGAGAAAACUGAGGAAAUGGUUAAGGAGAUUACACGCGACAUCAAGCAAUUGGAUUGUGCAAAACGAAACCUUACUUCGGCUAUAACCACGUUAAAUCACCUGCAUAUGUUGGUGGGUGGAAUCGAAAGCUUAAAUAAGUUAAUUGAAAAACGAUUGUAUGGGGAGAUACUUAAUCCCUUGCAAGCAAUUACUGAAGUAAAUCAGCAUUUCAAGCAGUAUUCUGAUAUCGAAGAAAUCAAGAAUCUCUCCCAAAACGUCGAUAAAAUUCAAGUUACUCUGGCCAAACAAAUCACGGACGAUUUCAAAGAGGCAUUUUCUACAAAGUCAAGUACAGCAACAAGUGCUGGAAACAAACACCGUUUGGGAUUAAAUCAACUGGCAGACGCCUGUAAAGUGAUUUCCGUGUUGGAUCCGAAAGUCAAAAAAGAUUUGUUGAAAUGGUUUAUUGCUCAACAGCUAGAGGAAUAUGUACAACUCUUUCACGAAAACCAAGAUAUCGCUUGGUUGGACAAAAUCGACAAGCGCUAUGCAUGGUUGAAGCGACACCUACUAGACUUUGAGGAUAAAUUCGGUGCUGUGUUUCCACUUGAUUGGGAAGUAUCUGAGCGCAUUACCGUCGAAUUCUGUCGCCUCACACGCGAGCAACUCUCUCAUAUCAUGGCAAAACGCAGCAAUGAAAUAGAUGUGCGCCUUCUUCUCUUUGCCAUUAAUAAAACUCAAGCUUUUGAGCAACUUCUUUCGAAACGCUUCACCGGCGUAACUUUGGGCGCUGAAAAGCUUCUGGCACCGGCAGCUCUUAAGUUACUACCAGAAAGUGGUGUUAUCGAUCCAAAUGCGCCACCGACAAUUGGCUUAUUUCACGAUCAAAUCGGCAGUUGCUUCAAAGCACAUCUGGGUAUUUACAUUAAGAGUAUCGAUCGUAAUUUGUCAGAGUUGAUGGAAAAGUUUGUUGAGAUGGCUAAAGAGCCAUUAAAAGUGUCAGAAUCGAGAACCACUGUGUACCCAAGUUCAGCGGACUUAUUUGUAUUCUACAAAAAGUGCAUGGUGCAAUGUAAUCAGCUUAGCAAUGAACAACCUAUGUAUGAGUUAGCGCUGGUCUUCAAAAAAUAUCUACGUGAAUACGCAAGCAAAGUUUUAGAAUUCAGCACGCCGAAAUUGAUGACGACUACUGCCUCAAUUGGCAAAAGCAUGUCUUUACUUACGCGUGAUAUGCAGAAUCUCUCCACAGCAGCCGGCCAAGUAUUCCAUAACUUUUUGAAAGAAGGUGAUACACAACGUUUCCCGCGCGAAGAUUUAAUCCAAAUUUGUUGUGUCCUAACCACCGCCGAAUACUGUUUGGAAACUGUACAACAGUUAGAAGAUAAACUAAAGGAGAAAGUAUCUGCUGCCUUUGUUAACAAGAUUGAUAUGUCUGAAGAGAAGGAUGUCUUUCAUCGCAUCAUCUCCAACUGCAUACAAUUACUAGUGCAAGAUUUAGAAGCAGGCUGUGAGCCAUCACUACAGUCCAUGUCCAAGGUGCAGUGGCAAAGUAUUAGCAAUGUCGGCGAUCAAAGCGGCUUCAUCAACAGCAUGUGCGCGAAUUUCAAGCAGACUGUGCCCGUUAUACGGGACAAUUUAGCCACAUCACGCAAAUAUUUUACACAAUUCUGCCAUAAAUUUGUCAAUGCAUUUAUUCCGAAAUUCAUUAGUGUCCUCUACAAAUGUAAGUUGACGCAUUCCGAUGGAUCUAACAAUGUUCUGGGUUGUGAGCAACUUUUGCUCGAUACACAUAGUCUAAAAACGGCAUUACUCGACUUACCUUCAAUUGGUUCGAGUGUGAAUCGCAAGGCACCCACUAGCUAUACUAAAGUAGUCGUCAAAGAUAUGACACGUGCCGAAAUGAUUAUUAAAGUAGUAAUGACGCCGGUGCAACCGCCAGCACACUUUACACAGCAAGUGCUUAAACUUCUGCCAGACAUCACUAUUGCAGAGUAUCAGAAAAUUCUAGAUAUGAAAGCCGUAAAGCGUGUAGAUCAAUUGCAAUUGAUUGACUUAUUCAAACACACUGCCUCUCAUGUGGCUGUGGUAGGCAGUGACUCGCCGGAGUUAGCAGCGACAAAUGUCGAAAGCGGUGCUGCACCCGCGCAAGGUGACUUGCAGUCGAAUGAAGAUCAGAAUACUACUACGGCGGCGUCAAAGGACACAACUGACAGCGGUGAUGCGCCGUAUACAGCUGCUGCAACAUCUACGCCAAAACGUGCAUUUAUUUUUAGCGUUGGUAGCUUUAGUGGUGGCGCAGAAAAAAAUGCAGAUGGCACUUCAAAUAGUGGUGGCGAUCGUGGGCGCAUACGCAAGCUAGAGAGCUUGCUGAAGAAGCGUUUGCCGUAAGCAGGUGGCGCGCGUGAUGCGGUCAAUCCGAGUAGUGAUGAUUGCAUGUGGUGUGCGGCUUAGAUAUACAUUUUUCUUGUUUGUUUCACUUAUAUGUUUGUGGUGAGUAUUACAUUCCAUUUUAGUUUCUGUUUUUAUGUGUUCUUGAAAAUUUUUUUGAUUGACGAAUUCUGCAGCAUUGCAGAUAAGUUAUAAGUUGGCCCUAGCAAAACAGAACUAUUAUCAUAAAAUAAUGAUGUAAUGAUUUUUUUUCAAAGCGGGAUCAUGAAGAUA